CCAGUUUAACCCUGAACUGCACGGAGUAACACGCAGUCACAUGUUGGCCUGGACGUUAAACACACCGCUGGAGUUCGAAGAGCCUCGGCUGUGCCUCAAAGGAAGCGCUCGGUGGAAACUCGUGCGGCGAUCGAUUGCUGCUGUCUGAUCUCUGUGAUGUAAAGAUGGAUGCCUGCCGAAAUAGGUUAUAAACGUGGGAAGUGUCUCCCAGGCUGUGUUCAACGUGCAGUUCCCUGUUUUGACCGAUGCUUGCUGCGCUACAGCAUGACCACAGCAGUGUCGGCUCAUCUGGUAGUUCUGGCAAAUGAAAAUGGAGGAGGUUUCAAUGUCCAGCCUGGACAACAGCAAGCUGGAGGGCCUAGCUCAGGACAUCCUGUCUGACCUGGUGGAGGAUGCAUGCCUGGGUCUUUGCUUCGAGGUCCACCGGGCCGUCAAGCAGGGCUAUUUCUUCCUGGAUGACACGGACCAAGAAAGCAUGAGGGACUUUGAAAUUGUGGACCAGCCGGGAUUGGAUGUGUUUGGCCAGGUGUACAACCAGUGGAAAAACAAGGAGUGUGUGUGUCCCAACUGCAGCCGAAGCAUUGCAGCCUCACGCUUUGCCCCACACCUGGAGAAAUGUCUCGGAAUGGGACGCAACAGCAGCCGCAUAGCCAACCGCAGAAUAGUCACCGGUAACAACACGAACAACAAAUCAGAGAGUGACCAAGAGGAUAACGAUGAUGUGAAUGAUAAUGACUGGUCUUAUGGAGCAGAAAAGAAAGCCAAGAAAAGGAAAUCUGAUAAGAAUCCAAACUCACCUAGAAGAUCCAAAUCAUUCAAGCAUAAGAACAACAUGAUGGGCCCCAGACGCCGCAUGGACAACCAGGAAAGCCCGCGCAUGCUGAUGAAAGACGAGGCAUUCCCUCAAUAACACACUCAACCACGAACACACACAUACACACACACGGGAAGACCAAUGAGACAUCACCCUCCGUUCUGUAUGUUGUGAAAUCAAUGGACGUUGAUGUUAUAGGUGACAUUUAUGGCGUUUUGCUGCUCUGCAGAAGCAGUCCAGACCUCCCACUGUAUACUUGACAGAUUUUUUUUUUCCUUUCACAAAAUCAUUGUACCAACACUCGUGUUUUUCCUUUUGUGUAGUUAAUUUUGUUUCUGAAGUUUUUUUGUUUUUUUUUUGCUGGAGUCCAAAAUAAUGAAUAUCACCAUAUACGAUACAGCUGCACAGAGGUAGAUUCUGGUGUAAUUCAUUCAGUGACCAGGCAGAGGCAGCUGUGUGAAGAGUGAAAGUGUGCACAUACAGUAUUUUGUUUCUUUUAAAAUACAGAAAUUAUUAGCCAUUAGGUGUACUUAUAUUUCCUCGCCUUUUUAAAAUCUCAUUCUUUAAAAAAAAAAAUCAAACAAAAUAAUAAUAAUGUCAAAGACAAUCAUUACUAAUGGUUUGUCUAUUAUUUUCACAUACAGCAUCAGACUCAUAGCUCUCCAGUUGAAUUACAGUAACAGUGUGUGUGAGAGAGAAGUGACUCUGUUUGCCAUUCACCUGUGGAAACUUGGUUUAAAAAUGUUCUGUCUCAGUCAAUGAACCUCUAAUUGUACAAGCAGGUAUUUGCUGCAGAAAAACAAGUUUGUUUUGUUUCAUUUUUGGUGGAUAGAUCGGCUUGUUUUCUAGCAUUCAAAAAUGUCUUUGUAUCAUGUGUUUACAUUGUAAAGGGUUACAUAUAUCCUUGGUGUGAAGUGAUAGUGUAAAUAUUCCAAUAGUUGAAUUGCUGCUAUCAUGGCUCGGUUUAUUUCAUCUGUCUAGCAUAAUAAAUGAUUUGUUACCUGUU